CACGUCACGGCGCCUGCGCCGCUCUUCGCCCCGCCCCCGACCAGACGGCGAGGGGCGGGGCGGCGACGGAGUGAACUAGGCGGACUGUGCUGCAGCCUUCCGCGACGCCGGAACUUUCGGGGGUCCACUGCUGCGGGAAGCCGGGGAACUGCAGGACCGCAGGCGCGCAUCACUGAGUCUUCCGUCCCGGUCACCAACUCCGUGGCAGCACUCUCUAGGAGCGGCGUGAGGCGUGCGCAGGCUCCUCCGUCCGCUCGCUCCUCUGUCUUCACACGGUCCGCACGCGCUCCUUUGGGGAGCGCGUUCUCCAGCGUCCUGGCUGCCAGGGCCGUGGGCGUCCGGGCGGUGGCCUGGCUGCUUCUCUGGGAGGUGGCUGGAUUCACUAGCAUACCAGCCACGGCCUUCUCUGCCGCUCCCACCGACACUGGCAUAAGGGCCACUUGUUCUGAAAUUAUUUUGAGGCAAGAAGUUUUGAAAGAUGGUUUCCAUAGAGACCUCUUAAUAAAAGUGAAAUUUGGAGAAAGCCUUGAGGACUUACAGACCUGCCGACUCUUAAUUAAACAGUACAUUCCAUCAGGACUUUUUGUGGAUCCAUAUGAGUUGGCUUCAUUACGAGAGAGAAACAUAACAGAGGCAGUGAUGGUUUCAGAAAAUUUUAAUAUAGAAGCUCCCAAUUAUUUGUCCAAGGAAUCUGAAGUUCUAAUUUAUGCCAGACAAGAUUCACAAUGCAUCGAUUGUUUCCAAGCUUUUUUGCCUGUGCACUACCGCUAUCAUCGGCCACAUAGUAAAGAUGGAGAAACUGUUAUUGUGGUCAAUAACCCUGAUUUACUAAUGUAUUGUGACCAAGAGUUUCCAAUUUUGAAAUGCUGGGCUCAGUCAGAAGUGGCCGCUCCUUGUGCUUUGAAGAGUAAGGAUAUCUGCCAAUGGAACAAUAUGAAAUAUAAACCAGUAUAUAAGAAUGUGACUCUACAGGUUCCAGUGGGACUGACUAUACAUACCUCUUUAGUAUGUUCUGUCACUCUGCUCAUUACCAUCCUGUGUUCUACUUUGAUCCUUGUGGCUGUUUUCAAAUAUGGCCAUUUCUCCCUAUAAGUUUUACCGAGCCACAUCAUAAUUCCGAAUCAUGUCUGAUAACGGAGAACUGGAAGACAAGCCUCCAGCACCUCCUGUGCGAAUGAGCA